UAAUUAUGACUGCUGAGGAACUCCACAGACUUUACCCUGAAGUUGUACCAAGUAUUCUAAUUCCAGAAAUGAAUGAACUGUCUGUGCAUCAGGGAUUGGCACACUUCUACAAUGCUCUGAAAUCUGUUGGAGAUUCAUGGGUUAAGAAUCACAAGUGUUUGGCCUCAUUUGAAUGCAAGGAAAGUGAUGAAAUGGAGAACAUUUAUUCAGAGGAGUUUGGUGAAAGGGUUUUGGAGAAGCUUGCUUACAUGAUUAAGAUGGCAAUGGAACUGUUUGAUGUGAUGGAUCAAGAUGAAGAAAAGAAUAGUGAUAAGAGCACAUGGGCUUCCAAAUUUGGAGAGAUCUUAAAUGGAUCCUACUCGAGCAAUGAUGGUUCAUUUUGUGACUCUCCAAUCACCCCAAAUUCAGUACUUCCGGAGUUGAGCAACAAUUGUGCAAAAAAUGGUGAAUUUGCAGAUUUUCCUUAUUCCCCGAUUCUUACUCGGUCUCUCAGGACUUCUGUUGGAAAAUUGAAACCCAUAGAUCUAAAGAGACUUUCCUUCCACUUGUUCCCUCAUGUAUCAUCUGAUGGUUCCAAAACCACGAAUAAAAGGAGCAAGACAUCUGAGGAAUCUGAGCCAGAGAACCAAGAAGUGAAGAGCAAUUCCAUGGCAAAGCCACACCCAGCAACAAAGGAAGAAGGUGGAGAAGGCAUUAUUGCAUAUGAAACUCAACAGAUUACAGUGUUGAGUUCUAAUCAGAUAUCAAGCAAUUAUGGGGGCAGUGCCAAUAGCUUUACAGCUCCCAAGAUGGGCGGGAACCCUGUUCCUCCACCAUCAGUUGCAGCAAGUGAAUCCCCAGUACAGUCACCACAGUCAAAACCAUCCAUGUUGCUGCCAAAUAUAUCAGAAGUCCCACCUCCAGCACAACCAUCAGCAGCCAAGUCUAAGCCAAAUGUAUCACCAGCAUCUGUAGCACCACCACGACAAACACAAUUCGCCUUGCUACCAAAUGUAUCAACACAAUCACCACCUCCACCCCCGCCCAAGUUUCUGCUGAACGUAUCAACAGCAGCGGCAACACCACAACCACCAACAUUGCUAAAAGAUGUAGCAGUGCAACCACCACCACAAUCACCAGCAUUGCCACAAAAUGUAGCCGUGCCUCCAAAACCACAACCACUGAUAUUGGCUCGAAAUGCACCACCACCACCAAAAUUGCCAACAGAUGUAGCAGUGAAACCACCACCGCAAUCACCAGCAUUGCCACAAAAUGUAGUCGUAGCACCGCAACCACAACCACUGAGAUUGGGUAAAAAUGCACCACCACCACCACCACCAUUGCCACAAAAAGUAGCCAUACCACCACAACCACAACCACAACCACAACCACUGAAAUUUGCUCAAAAUGCACCACCACCAACAUCACAAUCACCGAGACAAAAUUUAUCGGUGUCACCACCACCACCAUUGCCACAAAAUGUAGCCGUACCACCACAACCACAACCACUGAUAUUGGCUCAAAAUGCACCACCACCACCACCACCACCACUACCAACACCACAAUCACUGACACUGUCACAAAAUUUAUCAGUGCCACCACCACCACCACCAUUGGCCACAUUGCCACCAAAUGCAACAAAAACCUCAGCCCCAGCCCCACCUCCACCCACACGUCCAUCAAAAGGAUCAGUGCCAUCGCCACCCCCUCCACUGCCACUGAAGAAUGGAGCAGCUCCUCCCCCACCUCCUCCAAAUGUUGGAACAAAAGCACUAGGUUCCAAGAAAGCAAAUCCCAAACUGAAGAGAUCGAGCUUCAUGGGUAACCUUUAUCGAGCGCUCAAAGGAAAAGUAGAAGGAUCUAGUACAGAUGGUAAAUCAUCUCAUGGGAGGAAGGCUCAGAUUGGGGGUUGUGCAGGUGGAAAAAAGAGCAUGGCUGAUGCACUGGCAGAGAUGACAAAGAGAUCAGCCUACUUCCAACAAAUUGAAGAAGAUGUUAAGAAGCAUGCGGCAACAAUAAUGGAGUUGAAAAAAGCCAUCAAUUCAUUCGAAACAAAGGAUAUGGCUGAGCUUCUCAAGUUCCACCAAUAUGUGGAACACCACCUAGAGGACCUGACUGAUGAGACCCAGGUGCUAGCAAGGUUUGAAGAUUUCCCUACAAAAAAGCUUGAAACAUUGAGGAUGGCAGCAACACUGUACUCAAGGUUGCAUGUAAUAGUCACAACACUAGAGAGCUGGAAAAUAGUUCAUCCUCUCUCCCAGCUUCUUGACAGGGUUGAGUGUUACUUCAACAAGAUCAAGGUAGAAGUGGAUGCACUGGAACGAAAAAAAGAUGAAGAAUCUAAGAAAUGUAAAAGUUGCAACAUCCAUUUUGACUUCGACAUCCUGCUGCGGAUAAAGGAACUGAUUGUAGAUGUUUCAUCAGGUUGUAUGGAGUUAGCACUAAAGGAGAGAAGAGAAGCAAAAGCAAUCAUCACUGGAGAAAAUGGAUCAAAGACCGAUGCCCGAUUGAAGGCUUGUGUAAAGACACUUUGGAGGGCUUUUCAACUGGCAUUUCGGGUCUAUACCUUUGCAGGUGGACAGGAUGAUCGAGCUGACAGAUUGUCCAGGGAACUAGCCCAUGAAAUAGAGAUCGAUCCUCCUCAUUAGUGAAAUUUUUUUUUGUAAAUUCUCCAUCAAAUACUAGUAUACCUCAGACCUAGGUACUAUAUGAUCCGUGAAAUUAGAAUCAAAUAUAUAUAUAGAAUAGAAGAAUUUUUGUACGUGGAUUGCAAGUACCUCUUUAAUUGAAUU